AGUCGCUAAGAACACUUUAAAGCAGCAAGAAGCCAAGAAGUUAGGUUAUCGAUUGAUAACACACAAUCGUUUAUUUAUUCGUUUAUAUUCAAAUUAUAAUUCGGAUUUGUUGAGUGAGACAUCUAAAUAUUAUAAUGAUAGAGAGUGAAAAACUUCAAAACAAAGGUCCAUUUCUAGGUACCCGCCAUGUUCAGGCACUGCUUCUAUUUCUCUGCUUUGUAGUGAACUUUAUAGAUCGACUCAAAACAUCAGUUGCAAUUCUGGCAAUGACUGAUGGAGACUCAUCAAAUGCAUCAUUUGAAGAAUUUGAUUGGGAUAAAACACAAAAAGGAUACAUCCUUAGCAGUUUCUAUUGGGGAAUGAUACUCACUCAAUUUAUUGGCAGUUUCAUGUGUCGUAAAUUUGGUGCAAAGAUCACUAUUCUCAUCUCUACUUUGGGCUCUGCACUUUUGACCUUAAUAACUCCAGUCCUCAUACCCUUGGGUGGAUGGCAAGCAUACACAAUAAUAUCGAUUAUUCAAGGAAUGUUCCAGGGCUUAUUUACGCCAUGUAUUCAUGACCAUAUUGCCAAAUGGGCACCAGUUGAAGAACGAAUCCGACUGGGAGCUUUUGCCCAUUCUGGAAUUGAAAUGGGAACCAUUUUGGCAAUGGGAGUGCCAGGCUUCAUAGCACAAUCAAGCUGGGGCUGGCCUGGAAUAUCCUAUGUUUCUGGAGGAAUAAGUGUCGCUUGGUGUAUACUUUGGGUUAUUUUCGCCGACAACAGUCCAAGUAAUUCUAGAUUCAUAAGUUUGGAAGAAAAACAAUUCAUCCUUACUUCACAGCAAAAAAGUGACGAUGAACAAAAGAAAAUUCCAAUUCCCUGGAAGGCUAUUUUGACAUCGGUUCCGUUUUUAUCGCUUAUUGUUAUAGAAAGUGCUCAAGCUUUAGGCUUCAAGACUAUUCAAAACGAAAUACCAUCAUACUUCCAUGGUAUUUUGAAUUUGGACAUCAAAUCGAAUUCAUUGUUUUCGGCACUUCUCUACUUGGUCAUGUUUGCAAUGACCAAUUUGUGUCUGUUCCUUUCGGAUUAUAUUAUGAACAAGAAGAUCAUGAGUUUGACAGCACUUCGAAGGACGGUGAGCACAAUCUCAACGUGGAUUCCAGCUGUGACUCUUAUUUUAGUUGGAUUCUUGGAUGAACAGCAAAAGACUCUGGCCAUAGUUCUCAUGACAGCUACUGUUGGUGUAAAUGGAGGUGAGGUUAUUGGAAGCGGAUUGAAUGCUAUUGAUCUUUCGUCAAAUCAUGCGGCAACUCUGAUUGGUAUCACUACAACUGCGAUGAGUGUAAUUUAUAUGGUUACACCGUUGUUCGUUGGAUUGAUAGUUGGUGAUGGGACUGAACGAACAGAAUGGCAAAUUGUGUUUGCUAUCACAGCUCUGGUAUUGUUUUUCGCUAAUUUGCAAUACAUUUUCCUUGGAAAGACAAGUACUCAGCCAUGGGAUGAUGAAAAUUUCAUGUUGAAUAAAAAUAAAUCUGAAAUUGGUCAGGAAAAUGGAGAAAAACAGACUGCAAAGGAAGAACCUAGGGAAAGUUACAUUAACCAUGGAUAUUCAUAUUCCAUUCAAGAUACAUAAUAAAAAUAAAAAAAAAAAAGCAUUUU